AUGGCAGGCAUCGGGAAGGGCCUCACCAUGGCGUAUCUUGCCAUCCCCAAUUACACCGUUAUCGCAACAGGUGAUAGCUCACGGCCCAUCCUUCUGCAACUUUCAUUAGACAGUCCGUCAACUAUUGCCCAGGCAAUUUCCCAGGCUCAAGAGCAGCAUCUCGUGAAUCAGAUCGAUAUCGUGAUUGCCAACGCGGGAAUUUGCAACCAUUGUGGAUCAGUUGUGGACAUGGAAGAUAGGGAUAUGACCUUCCAUUUUGAGGUGAAUACCUUGGGACCUUUAAGACUGUUCAGGGCAGUCAUUCCGCUGCUAGAAGCCAGUAAACAACCCAAAUUUGUCUACAUAUCCUCUGAGCUGGCAAGCACUACUGGUCUGGACAAUUCGUCAUCGAUGACCACUGCAUACGGGGUUUCUAAAGUGGCGAGUAAUUACAUGAUCAAGAAGAUCCACACAGAGCACGAAGCUUUGAUCUCAUUUUCCAUCGAUCCUGGGUCAGUAUAUACCAGUUCAAAGUUCCCUGUUGUUAUGAUCGGUUUUCUGGUUAUCUUGCACCUUAUUCGUGGAAAUCCUUCAGACAAGUCCUGCCUUUUUAGAUUCGUCCAGACCAACAUGGGUAACCGUAGCGGAAGACUUGGUGGGUUAGCCAAGGCCCCAAUGUCUAUUGACGAGAGCGUGGAGGGAACAAUAGAAUAG